ACCUGUCCACCUGACAUGAGUCAGAACUUUGAUGUCUUCAUGUUUGAAUUGUUUCAGGCAGUAAAGGAAACGCCGAGCGACCAGGAGGAGCAGCGUCCCCCGUCAGUGAUGAAAGAAGACGCCGUCGAUGACACACGGCCACACGCAGAGUCUCCAAAGGAUCCUGCAGGAGAGGAGAGCGAGCGAUCAAGAGACUCGAGACGGAAACAACAAGUCGAGAAGGAGGAAGACGGGGAACAAUGUGGAACAUCAGAGGACUUCAGCGCCCUCUCUUCUGCUCGCUCUGCAGCCGACAGCGACCACGAGGAGGACGACAACGAGGUAGAAGAAGAAGAAGAAGAAGAGUGGAAACCAGACAAAGAGGAGAAAGUGGACUCUUCAGAGAUAACAAAGAGAAAAAGAGUCAAAGAUCCAGGAGUCAAAUCAAAGAGAAGGAAACAGAUCAAGUCAUCUGUGAAGGUGGCGAGUGAUAGCAGCGGCGUUCCUGUGUCGUGUAAAGUGUGCAGAGCUCUGAGCGGCUCAGAGAACAUGUUGAUCAAACACUCGUGGAGUCACGUGGAGGAUCCAGAGAGACUGUGUGGAGUCUGUGGAGAACAUUCAGAGAGUCCAGAGGAACUGAGGACUCAUCUGGAGAGUCACAAGAAAACGUUCAGCUGUGACGUCUGUGGGAAGAACUUCCUGUCUGUGGUCGGUUUUCAGAGACACGCCGUUCUUCACACGGGAGAGAAACCGUACGAGUGUGACGUCUGCCAGAAGAAAUACGCGUCAAAAAACACUUUGAGGAAUCAUCGACUGGUGCACGUGGAGGAGAAACCACACAGAUGUGACGUCUGUGAUAAAACGUUUGCGUUCAAACAGCAGCUGAGGACUCACGCUGUGAGCCACACAGGUGAGAAGCCGUACACCUGCGACCUGUGCGGGAAGUCCGUCCUCGACCUCAUCUCUUUGUCCCGACACAAGAUGAGUCACUCCGGGAAAAAACGCUACAGCUGUCCGGUUUGUGGGAAGAAGUUUUUAACUCCUGCAGCAGUGAGAGGACACGAGAAGAUCCACACGGUCAGAGACAAAACGUUCCUCUGUGACGUCUGCUGCAAAACGUUUCACUCUCAAAGUAUUCUGAGUGUUCACCUGAAAACACACGGUGGGAAAAAGACCAUGUGCAGCACCUGCGGGAAGGGACUGUCUUCAAAAGGAGCGCUGAGCAGACAUCUGUUGGUCCACAGCGGAGAGAGACCCUACAAGUGCUCCGAGUGUGGACGCACGUUUAAUGCCAGGAGUCUCCUCACGUCCCACCUGAAGACGCACGCCGGCAUCAAACCGUUUGUGUGCGGCGUGUGCGGGAAGGCGUGCUCGCGAAGAGAACACCUGAGUGUCCACAUGAGGACCCACAACGGAGAGAAACCAUACAAGUGCACCGUGUGUGAGCGAGGCUUCACUCAGAGCCACUGUCUGAAGACUCACAUGAAGAAGCACCAGGAGGGGGAGGAGUCAGCGGGGGGCGGGACGAUGGACUGAACGCUUUAUAUCAAAGUUUCUAAAAUCAUUUAUAAUCGAAGAUAAGAAGGAGAAAGAAACGAAUGCAGCGUACUCAGAAGUUCAGAAUGAGUGAAGCUGAUUGGUAGAAACGGGAGAGCACAGGAUGGCGUGUGUUUGGGUUGGAUGAGGUGGACACACCGCCUCUGACAUUAAAGGUAAUCCAACACGUUGACUUGUUCAUGUCGUGGAUUCACUGAACGUCAUGUCGGUCACUAAACUGAACUCCAACAAAUGAACGAGUUUGGACGCUGUGUCAAAUAAAAACGAUGUCAUGGUUUGUAAAACAUUUCAAAUGGAGACGAUAUC